GUAGUUUCCCUUGUGAUGAUGGUGGUACAUUGCAGACGACAGUAAAAUCAGCUAUUUCGCUAGCAAAGAAGGAGCAUUGCAUUUGUAUUUAACAAGCAAACCUUCCCCUUAAAAAUGCUUCAAUAUUUGCUCUCAGGAAUAGCUCAGUCUCGCAUUAUAAUGAUUGAAGACAAUGAAGAGAAUCCUGGGAGACAGCUAGUCAUUGCAUUUCUUCAAAACUUAUGUCAGAGAUGUGACAUGGUUUUGUUACUGGCAUAUGAAAGACCUGCAGAAUUUUUUAUUAGGCUUUUACCUGAAGAACUAACCAAAAGAAUUCUGGUUAUUGAUGUCAUGAAGAACUGGUGUGACUGUUGUGGCACAUCUCAAACGGCAUAUCACAUUAUUACUAACAUGCUCUCACGCAUCACUGGAGAGGAACAGAGGCUGGGUGUUGUGAUAGACUCAGUGACAAUAUUAGCACAAGGGCACUCCCCUGCUCUUGUGCCACAAGUACUGCACAGUUUUGCUAACUUGAAUGAGAAAGGCAACACAGUUCAGCAGGUGGUGGCAUUGGUACACAGUGAUGUGCAUGAUGAGGCUACCAUCAAAGUCAUCCAGAGUCGUGUCCCUACGAUUAUUCACUUGAGACCGUCAUCUACUCAUCAUCACAUGCAUGGCUGUGUUAUACAACACAGUGAACUGUGGAAAAAAUCAACAGAAUGGGAGGAAGAUUUCAACAUAAACGAGAGAUUUCAAGUAACAGAUGUGUCAGCAGUUGUGAAGAAAAAGUUACCCAGUAGCAUUGCUACAGAAAAGCAGUCUGACCCUACAGCAAACUUGACCUUUAAUUUGACUCUUCGUCCUGAAGAGAAAGCUGCAAAGGACCAAGUAGUUCUUCCCUAUACUAGUGUAACAUCAUCAGAAAAGAAUCCUGGUCAGAUCUUUUAUAUUCCUGAUGAUGCUGAUGACUUUGAUGAUGAAGAUCCAGAUGAUGAUCUUGACUUUUGAUAACAAUGUAUAUCAGCUUGGUUACAAGAACUUUGUAAAUAAAAUGAUAAGACUCGUCAUCAA